AUUUGGGCUACCUACAGAAAAAUGAUCCAUAACUGUUGGAAUUCAAUGAAAAGGAAGAGGUGAAAUCCUAUCUCAGCUCUCCGAUUGCAGACUGCGUCUCCCGCCGCCCACCAUCCGUCGCCUCCCUCCGCCGUCGAGGUCAUCGCCGGCGGCGUCUCUCCGUGCUCCUAGAAACAGGACAAAACCAAAACCCUAACAGAGAACAAAGGAGCUACUUCGGCCGUCGAUUUCGUCAAUUCAAAACUGGAUUUAUCUAAGAUUCGGGAAGGGCGUCGCCGGAGUAAUAAUCAAUGUCAGUGAAAAAUCAGGUUUUUGUCUCGUAUUGACGAAGUUUCUGGAGAGCAAUGGAUUGGAGCGUCGUGCGAAAACUAUGGGAGAAAUGGGCACCAAACAACGUUGGCACUUCAGACCAACCUUUGAGAGGCGCCAUAUUGAUUAACUACGAUCCUACGGGGCCUUCGCGCAUAGUAUCCAAUAUUGCAGAGCAAGAAGGGGUUAAAGCUGAUCCGAUCGAAAUAAGCGAAUUCCUUACUUUUGUUAAGAGGAACAAACUUCCCAUGGAGACCUUUUUCAUCCUCGAAAACCAAUAUCUUGUGACCUCGAUUCACAAAAGUUGGUUCUGCGCCCGGUGCAUAAACUCAGCUAAGCCGACUGGGGAAGGUGCCAUUGUGAUGCAAACGUCAGCAUUUCUUCUUGUCGGGCUAUACGAGGGCUCACUUGGAGCAGCGUCGCGCGCUAUGGCAGCCGUAGAUCAGCUUGCCGGGCAGUUGAGUCGAAGAAACUUAUGAGUUUCAUCGGAUCAAGGUUUUAUCGCAAGGGUACGGACAAUCGAUCUUCUGGAACGGACUUCUGUCGUAAUACCAGUCUCCUACUGCUGCUGCUAUCGACUGCAAACAUUUCACACAUUCAGACAUUUUUCGAUAUAUACAUAUAUAUAUAUAUGUGUAUGUAUUCAUAGUAUUCGACCUUUCCGUCCAAUAGGGGUGAAUCGCCUCUCAA